GUGUAAAUGAGAAAUAAAAAAUAAAAAUAUAUAUAAAUAUAACGGAAAAUAGUAUUACUGAUAUGCAAAUAAGCGGAAUAUAAACGCACAUCGAAACGUAGCACAAACACACACACACACACAUACACACCUAUACUUAUAUACAUACAAAUAUAAACUCAACUAAAAUAAACGCAUCAAAUGGCAAAUCUAAUUACCGAGUAUUAAAUAAAAAUAUAUAAAUAAAUACUCGAAAGCACAAAAAAAAAUCAAUGACAGCACCAAAAUUUUAAACACAACAAAAAACACCGAAAAGCAGCGACAAUAAGUAGUAAAUUUAACAGAAAAACAGCUUCAAAAAUUGUUAAAAAAGAAAAAAUCGGAUCGUGUAUCUUCACCAAAUCGGAACAAUCGACAUAAUUGCAUUUCAACGAGACUUUCAACAUAUCAAAAGCAGCAAAAGCACAAAGCAGAUAAGAAGACAAGAAGAGGAGAGAAGAGAGAAGAGAGGACAAAUAGCAAUUAAUUGCAGCAAUUUAACACAUAAGGACACUUUACAACAACUUUAGCAGCGAAUACUAAUAACAGCGAAAACUAAUAACAGCGAAAACUUUUGAUGGCAAAAGCAACAAAAAUGUCAACAACUUAAACAAUAAGAUGGUACUAUAGCAAACAACAAUAACAACAAUAAUCGCAGUAAUCAUAGUAACAGCAAUUUGAAAUCAAACAACGACUACUUUUAAUCCUUCAAAGCACACACACACACGCACCCAUGCACCCAGGCACACAUACUUUCGCAAAGCAAACAAACGCACUUAACAGCCAACACUAAAACAAUUUACGCCACCGACCACACCCGCACGCACGUACGCAUAUACAUAAGCACAUACACACACAUACAUACAAAGUAAGGAAACAAGCAUAACAGCUGGCUGGGUUGGUGUGCGAGUGCAUUUUAACAACAAACUUAUUCGUUGGUUCGCAAAGUCGCGCUAAGCGCGUCAAACAACCGCAAAACUGGAGGAGACCGGCGGUAGCGCGAUGAGUUCAAAAGUCAGUUCGUUGGAGGAGAAAGUGAAACUCCCGCCAACGGAGACGAUAAGCCGGUGUUAUCAGCCACCAGGCAAGAAUCGUAAAGUCAUCCGUAUACUUACGGUGGCGGUGUAUGUGCUAUGCGUCUCGUUGGCGGCGAUUAUGUUGUCGCUGUACUACAUCUUCAUUUGGGAUCCAACCAUUAGACCCUUUGUCACUAAGGGCAACCAAUGUGACAAAAUUGUGAUACCAGAGAAAAUCGCCAUACGCCUACUCAAUUCAUCGGAAGUAACCGCCGAGCAAUUCUACAAACACAUACUCGAACAAUAUCGUAUACUGAAUCAGCUACAACAGCAACGACAACAAUUUCUACAAAAACAACAUCUGCAUCUACAACAACUUGCAGCCGGCAAUAAAUUUCAAGAGAUCUUCGCCACAGCGACAAUAAUACAAGCAAAUCCAAAUGAUCCGAUACUUAAACCGGUCACACCCACAAACGGUACCUUCCUACUUGAUCCAUCGCGUCCCAUAGUGAAUAACAUCGAGCCGCGUAUACCCAUAUUGGAUACAGCGCAAGCGCCAAUACCUAUACUGGCACCCGCUUCAGCGCUUGCCACGGCAUCUUCUUCGGCGACGGCGUUGACAGUGGCCAAUACGAGUAACGGACACAACAAACGCAAGUCGCAUCGCAAGCAUUACAACAAUAACAACCAUCAUCGGCACACAUCACGCAAGAAUCAUCGAAAGACCGCUACAGCAGUCGCAGUUAACAACAAUGCGGAUAACAAUAAUAACAACAAUGACUAUGAACCCGAGCCAUUUGUAGUGGAGACGCCACCAAUGAAUCCGCCCAUAUUGUCCGUCGUGCAGGAGCCUUACACACAGCUGCCCAUACCGUUAGUUCUAAAUUCGCGUGAGGAUAAGCGUCCGUUAUAUUAUACACAUGGUGAGCGUAGGGGCGGAGCGCGAAAGCGGGUGGGUUACGAUACGCAGACAUAUAUGAAUCCGCUGCUGACCGGAGAACUAAUUUUCGAGAAAUAAAAAGCUGAGAUGCGGAGGUAGCCAGAUCGUUAAGACGAAGUAGGGGGUUUGAGGGAAGCAGGAAUACAAAACAAAAAAAUUACUUUACUUUAACAGACGCGCUGGGUUGGGAUGCAAAGCAUAUUUACAUAGAUAAGCAAAGCAAUAAAUGGUGGUGCGCCGAAAAAUCACAAAC